AUGCACAAGCAACAGUGUCAGAAGCACUGGCAACCAUGCGACGCGGCUGCGAGGAGGAUACAGCGCGUCUUCCGCGGAUGGCGGGCUCGGAUCCGUGUCGUUCAUCGAGUGCGCGAGGGCAUGGAGUUGCUGGUUGCUGACAUUCAGCGCCAAUUGAACGGCGAGUGGGCGCUUCUUGGGCCAACAGCGUCAACGCUCCCGUCCUUUUCGCUGGACUGGGGGCGGAGCGGCACACUGAGGCUGCCGCGCAUGGAAGACUCGCUCUUCGGUGUAUCAGUUGUCUUUCCGCCGCUCGAGCUAGAAGAAGAGCUACAUGACGAAGACGACAGCGAGAACGAGGCUUUGGCAAACGAAUAUGUGCAAGCUGCUAGUCAAGACAGCGGGCUGGCUGCAACGGAUGGCCUAUCAUCACAGGACAAGAAAUACGCAGCACCACGCUCCAAGCAGAAACAUCAGCGAAGCAGCAAUCCAAGUGCCAAGCGGAAAGCACGGACGAUGUGCCACGCAAUGAUGGGAACGCCCAACUGGCGAGUGCUCAGGAGAUCCUCGCAACGCACUCGCGAGCAGAAAUUCUAA